AUGGCGGCGGGGGUGGUAUUCGCGCUUAGCCUGAUUCUCGUUGUUGGACAUCUCCAGGAAGGACCAGGAUCCCUCGCAAAGACCUUCACUUUCCCAGAAUAUCCGUAUAAGGAGACCACUAAGAAUGAGCUUCUCUUCAGACAAUUUGAGCAGGCUUGCGAGGAGAGCGGUGCUUGCAAGAUGCUAUCGCAACAUAGAAGCGACAGCGUCGCCAAAACACGAUGCAUCCGGGAAUGCGUAUCGCCAUCCUGUUACAAGGAGAUCUAUUUAUUUGAUCAGUUAGAGGAGGGCGAGAUUGACGUGAGAUUAAAUUCCUUCAAAGGUUGCUUCAUGCAGCGAAACGGUCGACCACGGAAAUAAGGAAGAAUGCCCACAGAA